AUGGUCCUGAACAGAGCUCUGAUUCUUGGGGCCCUCGCCCUGACCACCAUGAUGAGCCCCUCUGGAGGUGAAAACAUUGUGGCUGACCACGUUGGCUCUUAUGGCAUAAACGUCUACCAGUCUUACGGUCCCUCUGGCCAGGACACCCAUGAAUUUGAUGGAGAUGAGCAGUUCUAUGUGGACUUGGAGAAGAAGGAAACUGUCUGGCAGCUGCCUGUGUUUAGUGAAUUUACAAGUUUUGAUCCACAGGGUGCAUAGAAACAUAACUUGGACAUCAUGAUUAAAGACUCCAACUCUACCGCCGCUACCAACAAGAUUCCUGAGGUCACUGUGUUUUCCAAGACCCCCGUGACGCUGGGUCAGGCCAACACCCUCAUCUGUCACGUGGACAACAUUUUUCCUCCUGUGAUCAACAUCACAUGGCUGAGGAACGGACACUCAGUCACAGAGGGUGUUUCUGAGAUCAGCUUCCUCUCCAGGAAUGAUCAUUCCUUCCUUAAGAUCACUUACCUCACAUUCCUCCCUUCUGAUGAUGAGGUUUAUGACUGCGAAGUGGAGCACUGGGGCCUGGAUGAGCCACUGCUGAAACACUGGGAACCUGAGAUUCCAACCCCUACAUCAGACCUGACAGAGACUGUGGUCUGCGCCCCGGGGUUGCCCGUGGGCCUCGUGGGCAUCGUGGUGGGCACUGUCCUCAUCAUCCGAGGCCUGCGCUCAGGUGCUCCCUCCAGACACCAGGGGCCCUUGUGA